ACUUGUGCCAUCUUGUGAGUUGCCCGGUGCUUUAAUUUAUCAGUUACCUAUGAAAUUCAUAAAGCGGCCUUGCCCUUUCCUUGCACUAAUCUGCGACCUCGGCAUGCCUUGUUAAAUCAUAUAGGAAGUUCCUUCUUGAAGAAAAGAAGACAGUUAUGGAGGCGAAGUUGCUACAAAGUAAAUUAAAAGUGCUUGGACAGCUUACACAGUGUCUCAUCUUACCAAAACAUACAUGCAUAAAACAUGUAUAUAGACACUCAUUUCAGUGUGUGCACAGGUCCAGUCAAAGUUGGUGCAAAUACCGCUAUGAUCGAAGCUGGUUAUCGAACAAUAGAAAUCAGUUAGCUACUUCAAGUGUUCUGAUGCACCAGUUUCCAGAUAGACUAACUCAUCAUCACCAUAGGGAUCUAUACCAUUUAAGUGACGGACCUAAAUUAAGGAAACAGAGCAGAUUAAAACAUGUACCAGUGUUACAGAGUGUACCAGCAUGUACUCCAGCUCAACAAAGAGCUGUUUCAUUAAGUACCAAGAAGAUUCUUGAAGCGUCACCUCCUAAAAUUCAGCCAUACUUAAGAUUGCUUCGGUUUGAUAAGCCUAUAGGCACAUACCUAUUAUUUUGGCCAUGUACCUGGAGUAUUGGCCUUGCAGCCCAGGCAGGACAUUUACCAAACCUCUAUUUACUGGCUCUGUUUGGUCUGGGAUCGUUUGUGAUGCGAGGGUCUGGAUGUAUUAUAAAUGAUAUGUGGGACAAAGAAAUUGACAAAAAGGUUGAAAGGACGAAGACACGUCCGUUAGCAAGUGGUGAACUUACUCCAUUUCAAGCUCUUGUAUUCCUCGGUGGUAACCUGUCUGUAGCUCUGGCAAUUUUGUUACAGUUAAACUGGUACAGUGUUUUUCUCGGAUCUGCUUCCAUGGUGCUGGUCAUAGCAUACCCACUAGCUAAACGCUACACAUACUGGCCACAGGUUGUACUAGGGUUAACAUUCAACUAUGGGGCGAUGCUAGGCUGGUGUGCUGUGAAGGGGGAACUAGACUGGCCUAUUUUACCUUUGUAUGCUGGCUGCCUGCUCUGGACUCUAGUCUAUGAUACCAUAUAUGCACAUCAAGAUAAAUAUGAUGACCUGUUAAUUGGGGUGAAGUCUACAGCUCUGAAGUUAGGGGAUCAGACAAAGAUCUGGUUGACAGGAUUUUCCAGUAUGAUGAUAGGGUGUCUGGCACUGACAGGGCAGAUGUGUGACCAGACAUGGCCGUACUACACAGCUCUCACCAUUACAGGGGCACACCUAGCUCAUCAGCUGUACACAGUUGACCUUGACAACCCAGAUGAUUGCCUGAAAAAGUUUAAAUCUAACACGCAGCUUGGUGCCAUCCUUUUUCUUGGUAUAGUUAUGGGAACCUUGCUGAAAUCCAAGGAAGAUAAACACCAGAAACAAACUUGAUACUCUAGCCUGUGGGCCUUUCACUGUUGUGAUAAAUUCCACUGGUAUUAGAAGUCAGAAAGAGCAAAUAAAACAUGUUUUUCAACCAGUAUUUGUGAUUGUAACAAAGUUACAGUGUCAUGGACAGGAAAUACGAAUGCAUACAUAGUGCGGUGUCUAUUACUAUCCUGUUAUAUUUAAACAGAAUAAGACUUUUCUUUGCGAGUUGCUUCAACACUUAAUAAAUGGCCCGAUAUAUGUAUAUUAAGUACAAAACAAUACAUGUACCUGUUCUGUUUUUGAAUAUUUUAUUCAUGUGAUUGACAAUUGUUACAUUACAUUGUAUGUAAUAAAGAAGACAAAAAUAUAUAAAUAAAAUUUUUAUAACAAA